AUGGGCUUUCUUGAAGGGUUAAGGGGAUGUCCCCUACUGAUCGACAGAAUUUCAGGUAGGGAAGUUGAGGUCACGCUGGUGUCGAACGUGGGCGCAUCGGCUUUCGAAAAGUUGAGUGCUAUAGAACCUGUGCUCAAGAAAUAUGGUAUAGGCAUAACGAGGAAAAUUCUAUUCGACGAGGCGGCUACCGUUCAAGAUAUGAUGAACGGAGGACAGCUGGAUGACAUACGUUCUAAUUCAAGAAGUAGUUAUGUUUUGUUCUCAUAUACGAAAAGACCUAACGGCAGUGUUUCGUGA